AUGUCUUCUCAAGGUUCCGUUCGAAAACGGAAAGGUGGUUCAGUUCCACCUCAAGCAAAAGAUGCCUCUACUGUUGCGGCGCCGCAUCCUGAGCUCGAUGCUCUGGUGAAAGAUUUACAAACCAAAACCGGGCCAGAGUGGGAUUACAGGAUUGCAUUGACGAUCAUUACAAUUCUGGCAUUCGUCACAAGAUUCUGGGGAAUCAGUCACCCCAAUGAGGUGGUGUUUGACGAGGUUCAUUUUGGCAAGUUUGCUUCAUAUUACCUUGAGCGAACCUACUUCUUCGAUGUUCAUCCUCCUUUUGGGAAGCUUCUUUUCGCCCUGAUGGGUUGGUUUGUGGGAUACGAUGGACAUUUCCAUUUCGAAAACAUUGGAGAUUCAUACAUCGACAACAAGGUUCCAUACGUGGCUUUCCGCGCAAUGCCUGCUCUUCUGGGAGCUUUGACAGUCCCAACUGUCUUCGCCAUCAUGUGGGAAUCUGGUUACACUCUACCUGCCUGCGUCCUCUCCGCUUCGUUGGUACUAUUCGAUAAUGCGCAUAUUGGGCAAACCCGUUUGAUCUUAUUGGAUGCCACCCUUGUUCUUGCAAUGGCAUGCAGUCUUCUCUGCUACAUCAAAUUCUAUAAACUCCGACAUAUUCCAUUUUCGAGAAAGUGGUGGAAGUGGCUCCUUUUGACUGGAUUCGCCUUGAGUUGCGACAUCUCCACCAAAUAUGUUGGUACAUUCGCAUUCGUUACAAUCGGUUCUGCAGUCGCAAUUGACCUGUGGAGUUUGCUGGAUAUCAAUCGCCGUCAGGGUGCUUUGAGCUUACCAGAAUUUGGCAAGCAUUUCGCCGCUCGCGCCGUUGCUCUCAUUAUUGUACCUUUCCUGUUCUACCUGUUUUGGUUCCAAGUUCAUUUCGCAAUCUUGACCAAGUCUGGUCCAGGUGAUGAUUUCAUGUCUCCUGAAUUCCAAGAGACUCUUAGCGACAACGCCAUGACCGCAAACGCUGUUACUAUCAAUUACUUUGAUAACAUUCAAAUCAAGCAUAAGGAAACACACGGAUACCUCCACAGUCAUCCCGAUACAUAUCCUCUUAGAUAUGAUGAUGGCAGAGUUUCCAGUCAAGGUCAACAAGUCACUGGUUAUCCUUAUGCCGAUGCAAACAAUCACUGGCAAAUCAUUCCUGCAGGCACAUUUGAAGAAGUCGAAGGCCGCCCUGUCAAGAACAAUGAAGUUGUUAGAUUGAGACACGUUAUUACAAACACAAUGCUCUUGUCCCACGAUGUUGCUUCUCCAUAUUACCCAACAAACCAAGAAUUUACAACAGUUUCCAUCGAAGAUGCAUUAGGUGAGCGUCUAAACGAUACUCUCUUUGAACUUCGAAUCGAAAACGGCAAACCACGCCAAGAUUUCAAGAGUCUCCAAGGACAAUUCAAGCUUAUUCAUUGGCCAAGCAAGGUUGCCAUGUGGACACACACAACCCCUCUACCAGACUGGGCCUACAAACAACAAGAAAUCAACGGAAAUAAGAACUUGGCCCAAAGCUCUAACAUCUGGUAUGUGGAUGAGAUACCAUCUAUUCCAAAGGACUCUCCACGUCUCAUUAAGGAGGAACGUAAGGUUAAGAGCGUUCCAUUUUUGAAGAAAUGGUUCGAGUUGCAACGAGCAAUGUUCUACCACAACAAUGCUUUGACUAGCAGCCAUCCAUAUGCUAGCGAACCUUUUGUUUGGCCAUUCCUAUUAAGAGGUGUUAGUUUCUGGACUCAAAAUGACACCAGACAACAAAUCUACUUUUUAGGAAACCCCCUUGGCUGGUGGUUGGCAAGUAGUUUACUUGCAGUUUAUGCUGGAAUUUGGGCUGCUGAUCAAUUGUCAUUACGCCGUGGAGUUGAUGCAUUAGAUAACCGUACCCGAUCCCGUCUUUACAAUUCCACCGGUUUCUUUUUCCUUGCUUGGGCAACACAUUACCUACCAUUUUACCUUAUGGGUCGUCAACUGUUCUUGCAUCAUUAUUUACCUGCUCACUUAGCAUCAUGUUUGAUCACCGGUGCACUACUUGAGUUCAUUUUCAACGUAGAGCCUAUCAUGGAUGAUGUUCCAUCAGGAGUCGCGAAGAAAGCAGGUGCAGUCAAGAAGCAUCUUCCAGCACGUGAAAAGCUCGCUGGACAGAACUUGAUGAUGUCCUGGGCUGCAGUUGGAGUCAUUCUUUCUGUUGUACUUUUCGGAUGGUACUAUUUCCUACCAUUGACAUACGGUUACCCAGGGCUUAGCGUGCCUGAAGUCAACGCAAGGAAAUGGCUGGGAUACGAUCUUCAUUUCGCCAAAUAA